AUGUGGUGUCCAAAAUGUGCAAGAAAAAAUCGGAAGCCUGUUAUUGUGAAUAAUAGUCAAAAAUUUAGUAUUGAUAUUGCUAAAAAAAUUGUAUAUUCUAGAGAUAGUAUAAAAUCUCACCAUACAUGGUGUCCGCAAUGUUCGGGAUAUUCUAAGCUUAAUAUUGAUAUUGCUAUUGAUAUCACACAUUGUAAAGGAGAUCGCUAUUCUUGUAAUCUUGAACUUGCUAAAAAAGUGGCAAAUGCUAUGGGAGGUGAUUGUCUUUCUGAAAAAUAUAUUAAUGCUAUCACACCGCUCUUAUGGCAAUGUAAUAAAAAACAUAUAUGGUAUGCAAAUCUUGAUAAAGUUAAAAAUUUAAAUAUGUGGUGUCCAUUCUGUAAAAAAUAUAAAAGAGAGCGUUUAUGCUAUGAAAUCAUAUCAAAAUAUUUAGGUGCACCAUUAAAAAUUCAAAAACCUGAUUUUCUAAAAACACCUGAAUACCCGACAGGUCUACAACUCGAUAUUCUAUAUUAUUAUUAUGGUUUUGCUAUUGAAGUACAAGGGGAACAGCAUGAAAAAUAUCAUAAAUUCUUUCACAGAAAUCAGGAAGCUUUUAAAAAACAGUUAGAUCGAGAUCAACUCAAAAGAGAACUCUGUGAGGAAAACUGGAUAGUCCUUAUCGAAGUAUGGUAUUAUGAAAACCCCCAUAUUAUUAUUCCAGAAAGAUUACAAGAACUGGGUCUUAUAUCUUAA